AAGAGUCGACUCCAAUAAUCAAGCGCGUCCUCGGAUCUCCCUCCUUCGGCUCGGAGCGCUCUACGCUUUCAAGGGAGGACAUGCGGCGAUAGCAAUGAGGAGCUGUACAUAGGAUAUCUAAACAACCAUUUAGCUGAGUCCUCUAUGAUUCAGCCACAAUUGAUUAUAUCAUAUUACCACCCAGUUCAAGCAUUGAAUCAUGGCAGACGCCAAGCCGCACUCUGACAGGCCUCAGAGGAAGAUGUCCACUACAGGGGACAGUUUAUACAAGGUGCUGGGACUGGAGAAAGGGGCCACAGCAGAGGACAUUAAAAGAGCCUACAGAAAACUGGCUCUGAAAUACCAUCCAGACAAGAAUCCAGACAACCCUGAAGCAGCAGAAAAGUUCAAAGAAAUCAACAAUGCCAACUCAAUCCUCGCUGAUGAGACCAAGCGCAAGAUCUACGAUGAAUAUGGCUCCAUGGGGCUCUACGUGUCCGAGCAGUUUGGAGAAGAGAGUGUCAAAUACUACUUCCUCAUGUCGAAGUGGUGGUUCAAGGCUAUGGUCAUGUGCUGUGCCGUUUUCUCCUGUUGCUGCUGCUGUUGCUGCUGCUGUUUCUGCUGUGGAAAGUGCAAACCACCAGAGGAUGAAAACUACCAGUACGUGGACCCAGAAGACCUGGAGGCCCAGAUCAAAGCAGAGCAGGAUGGAGGAGGUGAAACAAUUAUUAUUGUCCAGCCUAUACCUAGUCCUGGUCCAGAAAUCUGCAGUGAAUCUAAACCAGAUGCAAAAUGACUUGUAAGUGGGGCGGUGAUUCAGAAGAACUGCAUCAGGGAAGGGAGGCUCAGAUGUCCCUAUUUUGAUCCAGCCCAGUUCCACUGUCAACACCUCAGAGUCUAUGCAUUUCGCAGCCAGCCAGUCCAUGUACAACACCCAGAAAUGAGCCACCUGCCUGGUCCUGGUCCCGGUCAUUACUGAGGGGUCCUGCUGAUGGACUCUAAGGCCCCUGAUGUAGUGUGCUGACGGCAGGGCAUCACGGCACCAGGACUAAACUGUGCCACUGCGCCAUACCCUGACUCUGACCCACUGGAAUCGAGUGGCAGUUUGCCAAAAGACAAAGAAGCCUCUGCCAAUCUCAUCUGUGUCUCCAUUGGUGUGUAUGUCUGUCUGUUCGUAUAUAACUACACGUUCAUUUCAAAAUAAUAUAGUUAUGAGGCUGGUGCCACUGGGCAGUGCUCCAGCUGGGAAGUGGGUUUUACUUUUGGGGUUUGUUUCUUUUUGGUUCUGGCUAUUUAUUUCAUUUUUUAAAGCUCGUUAGAAGCAUGGACAUGAGUGGAAUGAUCAUGUGAGUGCAUGCAAAGCAAUAACAGCAUGCCACUACUAUACAGCAUAGGAACGUGCAAGAACCCCUCCCACUUAUCUUCAUCCAAAUGCGGAGCCACAACAUGGCACCUUUUUUUUUUUUUUUUGCUUCUUUAGAUGGCAGUGUUUUCCGUUCUCAAGUUUGCAGUCAUCUGUUACAUUUGCAUUAUAUUGCAUUUAGUUUAAGAUCAAACUGGUCAAUCGUACGCAAAUGACAUUACAUGGUUGCGUAACGACUUUUUCUGACCAAAGCGAAGGCAGACGCCUCAAACGUCAGCUGACGUGCCGUGUGCAAUGGUCAUAUAUUUCCCUAAAAUCAGAACACUUGAAUAUGCUGGUAAAAGUUAUUUUUUUUUAAGGCACUUUUUUCCACUGCCUUCAUUGGAGGCUUCUAAUGCAAAUCUAAUGGCUUCAGCCCUUACAACUUCACUGCUGCGAAAGCUAAAAUAUCUUUAAUUGUGAAGUUUUCAUUUGUUCAAAGGUGCUGAAAUGGGAUCAACCCUAUUUUUGGUGAACGCUUUGCCAAAUCGAGCAAACCUUUGCUUUCUUUGUGCUCUUAGGACAUAUGAUGACAAAACGCAAAUAUUUUUAAUGAUCUUAUUUAUUUUUAAUAUAUCAUAAUUGAGAUUAAUGUGUAUGACAUGUUCUGAGUGAAAUGAUGCACUGUGUUAACUUGAUUUCAGAAUUUGGAUCUGCAAGAGCCUCAUGGUUUUAGCAAUAAGGAAAUGCCCGUUGUGUUAAAUGUGAAGGACUCAAAUAGUUACUGUUAGAAACACUAUAUUAGAGUCAGUACAUUAGAUGCCAAAUGUUUUCCCUGUAAAUUGUUGUUCAAAAUGCAAAAGUAAAUACAUAGAUGUUACACCAUUUUGUUUCUGUGUGCAAAUGGAAAUGUAUGUAAUAAUUUCAAGUAGUAUAUGGUCAUCUGUCUGUUCUGGUUGUCAUUUUGGGGGGCAUUUUCUUAUAGCCAAGAAGCUUUCUUUUAUUCCGUAGAAACUGGAUGGUACUUUCAGAGAAUAAACUUGCCAAAAGAAAAAGAGAUCAAGCCAGACAUUCAUUAGAAAGCAUUGGGAUAUCUGCUUCCAAACCAACUGCUAUUUUUUUUUUUCAAUGCUUACUGGAUCACUUAAUUUAAUUGCACAAUGCCCAUUUCUGCAAUCAACAAUUUACUUUUCGGCACUUGUUUGGGGUGCAGAUGAUGACUGGUUUUGGCCUCUUCACCAGUGCACAUAUUAAGUUUUAUGAUGCUGUGUGUAAUAACCUGUUUGAUGAGGGGGAAAAGCCAAAUCUGGUCUGAAUUUACCAACAGCCAAAAAGGAGCUAAGAACCACAGUACUACAUUGCUACUUUCCUCCAGGUUUUAUUCAACAUGGUUCGCAUCACAUAUUUCAUUGUCUGUUUAUAUUAUUGAAUCUGAAUUAAUGAAAUAAAUGGGGAUUUGUAAAAA